GGCUGCACGCCUGACGAAAUAAUUCAGUUUAUUGUCGUGUAUUUAGGCUUUAUUUUGUGAUAAUUGUGUGAAACGGGUUGCGGCGUGAAAUUACUUUUUUGCAGAAAAUCAGAGUUUUGCAUACAUUAUCACGGUGUGAAUUGUUCUAGCCCAAGUUUCGCAUUGUUUGGUUCCGAGACCGAAAAUCGUGUACGCAAAUUGUUGUUUCUUUGAGUUCUGCCUCUAUUACCUUAACAUUUGCGAAGUGAUGAAAGUGUCAUUCUUCAAUAAAAUACUACUGUUUAUCGCGAAUGCAUUCAUGACUAAUAUCUUCAACUCUGCUCGAAAGACCAAUUUCUUUCUUCUGAAUUUUCGCACGUUGACAUUUAGCUUCCCAAAUAAAUCAUCACUUUUAUGACAAAAUUUGCAUGUUGAAAGCAGUUUCUCCUGUAGGAUGAAGUUCCACAGCUUUUGAAUGCGUGUAAUAAUUGUUUUUGGCAUUACUUGUAUAGUGUAUCAGUAAGCAAUUGUUUGUUCAAUAACGUCGUUACGAAUCGGUAAAUAUAUGUCUAGUAUUGUCUAAUUUUUAUGAUACUGAUAGGUUUUGAUUUUAUCUCAGGGAGAUUUUGCUUUUAUCUCAGGGUUGUUUCUCCUCUCUAGUUUUCACGUUAGGUUUGUUCCGUUGAUCUCGACGAAAUUGAUACUGAUGUUCAUUUCCCUGCAGUCGUUUAGGUUGUAAAUUGUAGCCCUUCACCAUGGAGAAAAUGUAUAAAGAUAUUCUGAUUGUUCGAUGCCGCCCUUCAAGCAGGGACAGCAGUGCGGAUCGGCAGCGCAGUGUAACAGGCAGCCCACAAAACGGAUUCUACUCUGGACUCAACGGCCUGUCAAAAACUGCAAGCAACAAAAUCAACGACACAUUUCCCAAGGCUUACAACCACGUUUCCCGAUUGGACGCUGGGACUGUCAAUGAUGGUCAUAAGUCCUCACAUCGAAAUUUGAGCAACGACAGCUCAUCGUCAAAUCAACAAACCUACAAUAACACCAGCCGGCUUGUUGUUUCGAACGGGUUUAGUAACGGUCAUGAUGUAGCGACCAUUCGCAACAGCAGACUUGACCAGAAUUGUAACCUGGUGCCUCGUAAAAAAUCGGCUCCUGGCAUUGCCAUCACUGCCGGGGGCUUCCACUUUGACGGUCACGUUCCACGAGACGAUUAUCUCCCGCAGUAUUUGAAGCUCCUGCAGUGUAAUAACGCCCGUUCCAACGAAACUGUUGAUGCCAUCAAAUCUGUACCAGUGAGUCCUUUUGCUGCUCGUAGAUGGACUAGCAUUCAAAGCGGACAGCCGCCUCCCAAUAAUCUUAAUUUGCGACGUGGCCGUGCGUCUGUGACAGUCCUUACCGACGAGUCGCCGCGUUCCAGCGCCGACAGAUGCCUCUGGUCACCCAGUGACGACAAGUUCCUCAAACAUCCUCUUUCGAAAAUAUCGGUCAUCAACGCCGGGCUAUCACUUGCCGAGCACCCUGAUCCCAGUUCAUCCCUCAUCAACUCGGCAGCUGCCGCUGGCUCCGCGGCUGGUUUUGCUGCUGCUUCAGCCGCUCUUAACACUUCGUCUGUAACUGCUUCACCUUUCGAUCACUGGUCACACGUGCCCCGUUCCCCUGUCGCCGAGCGGCGCCGGUCCAAAAUAGGCAACAAAAACUCCAGAAAAUCGGGAGCGGGCGUUACCGCUACCGGUUCCAGUCCUUUGUUUUCAAACGGCGCCAUGAGCGGCACCGAGAAAGCCAAAUCCGAAGUGAGCGUCAGGGACCUCACGAUCAUGCUGCAGAGCGUGAAACCCGACGUAGGGCCGUUACCAGGUCACGAGAUGGACCGAACUCCUCGCUACCUUGCCGGUGUCUGCAUGGACGAGUGCUACCCGGGCCUUUAUAUAGGCGACAUAGGAGCAGCAAAAGACCGCGCGUAUUUACAAAGAGUGGGCAUAACCCACGUGCUCAACACGGCUGAGGGCAAGAAGAUGUGCACCGUGGACACCAACGCCGAGUAUUAUAAAGAAGUCAACAUCAAGUACCUGGGCCUGGAACUGCUCGACAUCCCCUCUGCCAACAUCUCGCAGUUCUUCGAGCAGGGCGCUCAGUUCAUCGAUGACUGCCUCAGUAGUGGAGGCAAAGUGCUGGUGCACUGCUUCAUGGGCAUCAGUCGCUCCUCGACAAUAGCGGCGGCGUUUCUGAUGCUGAGGCGCAACAUGGGCGUCAUGGAGGCACUCACGACACUCAGACGUCGCCGCUCCAUCUACCCCAACGAUGGUUUCCUUCACCAACUCGUGCAGCUCGACAGCAGACUUGCCAAACAAAGAAAGGCUACGCCAAAGCCGUGAAAACUUGACAAGUCAUUGUUAAUUUUCGCAACGCAAUAGCACACUGCCAAAACGCAGUAAAAUGUCGUUCAAAUUUAACGAAACGUGCAACUUUUGAUUGUUUAUUUUUAUGUGAAAUAUGAAUGGCGCCAGGGACCCGAUAAGUUCUUGAGACUGAACAUAAGAUUUCCUUGAAGCCUUGAGCAAUAAAAACGACAAAAACUAUACAGCAUCAAGUUCUUAUUUGAACGUCAAAUGCCCUAGAGACUAAGUAACCUCACCAAAGCCUUAAAAGUGUGACUAGUUCUUAGUACUAAGGUUUGUACGCAUCCGCAAGCGACCUAUUUAUUAAUUCGUCAUUUUUAUGCUCUUUGCUUGUUAAUUAAGCUUUGCGGGAAUUAUACAUUCGCGUUCUUAUCUUUAGGUAUGAGUUGUGCCAUUUCUAGAAGAUAAAAUGUAUUGCAGACCGUAUAGAGCGUUGCUUUUGUAGGAAUGCUUACAGUCGAAGAAUGCAAAUAGACGUUGUUGCUGAAUACUGUGUCUGUGGUGAACUGGUCUAAAGGUUCAAUAUUGAUAUUCAAAUUAUAAGCGACAGAAAUUCAAUAUUUUCUCGUGUUUUUUGUCUGGCUAUUUUGUUCCGUGUAUUUGUUUCUCUUAUUCUCUUACUUUAUAUUAUAUAUCAAGUAUUCUCGGUAUUUGGUGAAAGUGUGACUGCAAUGCUGCCUAAUGUCCAAGUUUUGAAGCAGUAGUGGUGCAGCAGUGAGCCGAAAUCUAUAACAGAACUGGGGUAAAGACUGGAAUCUAUUAAUCUCUGGGAAUAGGUUUUCAAGUUACUACAAUAAAGUUAAAAGUUAAAUAAAAUAAAGUAAAAACUUUGUACUCAGCAGAUUUUACCUUAUUAGCUAAAUUUAAUCGUAAUUUGUACGGUUUCGAUCCCGGUUGAGUGGAGAUUCCUUGCACUCGAUGAUGCAUGGGAUGCGCAGCGAUGCAUUGAAUUACAUCAGUACAAUUUAAUAUAUACGUGGUUCCAUCAAUAGGUCAAUUAGAUGAACCAAGAACACCUGCGAUUUUCAUGUAACAGCCUUGAAUAUUUCAAGGAGGUUGAGAUGUUGAAACUUUGAUGCGUUCUUGCUGAGCAUGAACUUGAUGUUCACUUCGAGGUCCUUAUUUCGGCCGUUGAUCUCCGCUGUUAAAUGUUACAGUACCCGAGUUCGUUAUCACUCUGUAGUGUGUUGGUAUUUGAAUUUCAAUCCUAAUCAUGAAUGCGAUAAUUUGCCCAACUUUUAUCGGGUAUACCUGGUGUAGUGAACCGAGCACUGAUAUGUUUUGAACAAUUAGGCAUGCACGCUUAGAAUACGGUUGAUUACACUUUACAUUUGUCACAUCUGGUGCUGACAUGUAUGGACUAUGUCAUUUUAAUCAUCACGUCUCCCCCUUUAUAACUUUUAUUGUAAGAAAUGUGUGCGUGUUUUUUUUCUGUUUCGCGGAAGCCUCUGAUGCACGCAUGUUAUUCGUCGCAAUUUUAAUUCAAGUUCUAGUCGCGAAGUUUGUUCAAGAGAUAUAAGAGAUUUAGAAUAUUUUACUUCCCAUUGUUUGCGGAAAUGAGCCCGCCGGGUGCUGAAAUUAUUUUGAUGACGGUACGAGUUUUUCAGAGUCAACAUCUAAUGAAUUUCUCUGAAAGGCCGUUCUGAAGGUACCGUUGAUUUUAUACAACUUUUCUGCAAUAGCUUCAUGAUGAUGAACGAUGAAAUUUGUGGUACUCGUUGUAGCUGGUUAAGACAAAACACCUGCAAUCUUAGAACGAGGAACAUCAAUCGGGCAAAAUUUGUAUUUGGACUUCGUCUUAUGUGCCCUGCAAGCGGCGCUCACGAACUUUCUCUUUAUUGCUGCAGUAGCAUUAAUAUUUCUGCCAGCAAUUAUCGCUGUCCUAUGCAAUGAUUUAUGAUUUAGUAUAUGAAGACUGCUUAUUGUUAAUGGAACCAAAAUAAUAAUUCGGUACCGUUUUGUUAUUGCAGUUAACAGUUCGUUAUCUACGCUUUUAUUCUAAGGUAGCCUCGUUUUAUUCUCAAAAUUUUUAUAGAGUAUUUAUGCUUCCAGCUUAAUUUUUAACCUUAAUAAAGUUUUUAUGUAAUUUUUUAAUUGAUAAUUCAAGCGGGAACUUGUAUUUGGGUACUAAUCCUACUUGAGGAAUUUCUGCUCUUGUAGAGUAGGUAAAUAUUUUAUAUUCAGCUUUAGUGUGUCGCAGUGAUAAUUUAUGCUCGUGUGUCUUUGUUUAAACAAUUAAUAUUUAGUCGAUGUUGAGUCCAUCUGUGCCCCAGACGUGUGUGUUUUCUGGUCUGUUAAUGAAAAUAGCUCUAAGCAAACUUUAGAAGCUUGUAACAGCUUCUUAUUCAACCUGUUACGUUAUAUUGUUCUGGUUUAAAUUACCGCUGCACCUAAACGGUCUUCAGUAGGUAACAAUUCAGGGAAGAACGUAUUUGUUUUACCCUAUUUACAGUAUCUUAAACUUGCACGACCAUUUCUUACCAGGGGCUAUCAAUCGAUGCAAUAAUUCUCUGCUCUUUUAUCAUGUAUUAUGCAGUGCAAUCCUAAGCCAAUGCAAUCCUGCCCCCAGGAUGGGAGUUGAUAUGUGUUUGAUUUGUCUCGACCACAUUUCCUUGCUGCUGAUAUCAUGUAGUAGGCUUAGUGAUGCUGCUAUUAUGUUUACGAUCUACUAUUCCAACAGAGAUAUAUUUUUUCGCCUUGUAUCAAUAUAUACCCUCACCCUGACGUCCUGCUAGUUCAUUGCCCCUCGUUGUUCAUCGUCUCCUAUUGUAACUUAUAUUGUGAUGUUCCUAAGUUUAGAAGACAGAAAUCUCGAAAUUCGGACCUGAAUUUACUGCCUAUCAUUGCCGUUUUAGUGAAUUCCUCUCAUGGCGAGGUUUGUAAAAAUCCCUAUAUAUGACUACACUUUUACACAAACGAACAUUAGUUUAAUGUAAUUAUUACGAUAAACAUUAUUAUAAUAUAAAAUUAUUACGAUAAACGUGACCUAGAUCGUGUGCUGUUGGCGUUGGGCAUUAAUGAAAUGAGGCGUUGGGGGGCCACGAAAAAUAUUAGAGCUUAAAUUGAUUGCGUACUUGCAAUAGACCAGAGGUAAUCGAUUCCUAAUUAAACAAAUGGAAACUUGGUAAAUUCCAGAAAUUUUGACAAAUUCUAGACAGAUUUCGACUUAUUUAAUUAAUGAUGAUCAUGCAUAAAAAGAAUAUGAAACUAUUGGAAUUGGAUUGCUUAACGAA